AUGGAUGAGGAGCAGGAGAGCGAGGAUCUUGCGGUUGGACACCUCAAGAAGCACAUCGAUGCUCUGGGGCCUGACGUAUACGCCAUCCAUGUAUCGCAGGACGGUGAAUUGUUCUCAGUCUCAACAAACCCCGAAGACGACCAAGCGACCUGUGUGUACUACCCUCCGCUACAGGCGAUUCAGAGACCAGAUCAUGUCAAGACUGUGCUUCGUUUGGAUCUGCUCGAGUUGGAUCGACUCGCUCCAAAUGUCGACCUUGUUUCGUACAUGCGCGCAGGUGAGCCGAGAAAAGUUGCGUUCAAGUACUAUUUUCUCUUCCAGUUUCUCUAUAAGGUGUGGCAUGAGAUGAACCUGUGGAUGCGUCUCCCCAUGCAUCCAAACAUUGUCCCGCUUGACCGACUUGCGUUGGACGAACUAUACGGCCACGUCGUCGGCUUUACGAGUCUUUACAUUCCGGGCGGCACCAUAGAGGAGAAUAAGUCGCGUGUGUUUAAACUCGAGUGGCUCCGACAGCUAACUUCCGUCAUUGACGACUUGGAUUUCAAGUACGGCAUCGCCCAUCAGGAUGUUUCUGCGCGGAAUCAUGUUGUCGACUCUACGACUGAUGCCCUCAUGUUGUUCGACUUCAACUACAGCGGUCGGAUAGGUGGCAUUGGAUAUGGAGAGGACCGGAACGAUGUCAAAGGAGUUAUAUUUACGCUGUACGCAAUCAUCACUCGCGAUAUGCAUUUUCGAUGCGUUCCGUUCGAUAAACAGAAUACGGCCGAUGUACAGGGGCUAGAGGAAUGGGUGCAGCAUCCGGAUGAGACGGAAUGGCUGGAUUUUCCAGAGCCGGCCCCGAGGGACUUGGUGUUUACAGACGGCAAAGGGAAUUCUACUGUUGAAACUGCGGUCGUCCUGACUGAUAUGCGCCAUGAGCAGCGAGAGAAGGGUAUUACCGUCUUAAAUUGGGAACGCCCUGCGCGGAUUCAGCUUGGGAAUGGGAGCCGUUUAUUUGACAAUGGACAGAUUGUGCCUGAUGCAGAGGGUGCAGAUACAAGCAAGUGUGUUUUGUUGAACUGGAUUCAGGACUUUAUCGAUGACAGCUUGAUGAGCGAAGGAGACGAGGAACGACGCGGGGAUGGGGAUGAUCGUUUGGUGAGAGAGUGGAUGCUGAAUUCGGCUGUUGAUGGAGAUGGAGAUGUGAACGAAGCCGCGGAUGAAGACGUCAGUGAGGCGAGCACGUUAUUGCCCACGAGUCGAGGGCCAUCUGCAUUAGCCGCACAGCCAUGGCCACAGCACCGCGAAGAUGAAGGCGGUGAACAAAGACAAGAAGAAGAAGAAGAACAACAACGGAAUUCUCCGAGGAGGGGGGGCAAUAUCCUCAGCGGUGAGGGCUUGUUGAGAGUGGGUUUGUUGGUGGUGAUGUUGGUGAUGGUUGGGUUGGCGGUGGUGAGGGCGUUGAAGGGAAAGUUUUCGCCGGGGCUCGUUGCGGGAGGCGGGUUGAUGAUGGUGAUGUGUAUUUUGGUGACAAUAUGGCUCGCGACACUCUCCAGCGCAUCAACAUCAUCCACGCCCUCAAAAACUCCGACAAAGUCCCCUAAACCAUCGGCUUCCUCGAAAUGCUACUACCCUAACGGCAAGCCCGAGCAAAACUUUUCAUACAACUAUCAGCCCUGCGGCGGUAAAAACACGACUUGGAGCCAAUGCUGCAUUCCAGGACAGGACGUAUGCACUCCCGAUGGCCUGUGUACGCAUCUGACGAAUGCCGUCGGCGCGUAUGAUUAUAGGGGAGGAUGUACGAAUGCAGAUUGGUCGGGGUGUCCGCAGAUUUGCCUCGAUGUUUUGUCCAAUUCAUGGCUGCAGGUGAAGCAGUGCGCUUCGGGACAGUACUGCUGCAAUCCGGACUUUGAUAAUGGGGAUUGCUGUAGGGAUGGAAGUCGGCGCUUCAGCCUGCUCGAUCGAAAUCCCGAUGCCAAGGGCGACGAUACUACGACCAAGACAAGUGCGACAGAGGCUUCCACUGGAACUAUCAGGAGUAGCGCAACGCAAACGGACGGCGGAGCGGCGGAGCAAACAAAUGGCGGAGCGGCUCAGCAAACGGAUGGUGUAGAGGACAAGAGUAACAAGUCGGCCACGAUUGGGGCUGCGGUAGGAGGUUCUUUGGGUGGGAUUGCGUUGAUUGGCGGUGCUGUUGGUAUAUGGUUUCUGUUGAGGAGGAAGAAGCAGCAGAAGAUGGCACGAGUUGAGAAGGACGGACGAGAGGUGAAUCCGAGAACAGUGGAAUCAAUGGGGAUGAAGCAGACGUAUACGCCGCUGGCUGAAGUAGAAGGACAGCCGGCAGUGGUGGAGGUGGAUUCAAGGGGCGUACAUGAGUUGGGAUAG